GAUUGUUCGUUCUUCAUGCCUGCCCUGGAUCAUGGGCAACAUGGGCGCACCAUGCCAUCUCUCAGGGCUUAUAAAGCCUCUCUCCCUUGCUGUUUUUAUAAAAUUUUUAGAAACACCAACAAGAGGGGAAAAAGAAGAGAAGUCUCUUGCUUUCUUGCUUUUCUUGAGAUCUUUUCUGGUUUUUUGAGAUUUUUUGGAGUGGGCAUAUAAGGAAGGAGAAGAGAUUUGGAUUGGAUUGGAUUGGAGUGAAGGGUGAAGAGAUAGCUUUUGAUAAGAUGGGUAGACAGGAUGCUGAAGCUCAGUUGAAUUUGCCCCCUGGAUUCAGAUUUUACCCCACUGAUGAAGAGUUGGUGGUACACUAUCUGUGUAGGAAGGCUGCCUCACAGAGCCUGGCUGUUCCUAUCAUUGCUGAGGUGGACUUGUACAAAUAUGAUCCAUGGCAGCUCCCAGAAAUGUCACUGUUUGGAGAAAAGGAGUGGUAUUUCUUCACUCCCAGGGACAGGAAGUAUCCAAAUGGCUCUCGUCCGAACAGGGCUGCUGGUUCUGGGUAUUGGAAAGCCACUGGUGCAGAUAAACCCAUUACCACUCGGAUCGGUGGCAGGCGUGUGGGCAUCAAAAAGGCUCUGGUUUUCUAUGUUGGAAAAGCACCCAAAGGAAACAAGACUAACUGGAUCAUGCAUGAGUACCGCCUCGCCGAUGUCACUAGGCCUGCAAGGAAGAAGGGCUGCCUAAGGUUGGAUGACUGGGUGCUUUGCCGAAUAUACAAUAAGAAGAGCAGUGCUGAGAAGUUAGCAAAGGAGCAGAAGGAAUGUUCUUCAGAUGCAGCAAUUGAUUCAUUUCAUGGAGACAACGAAAAGGAUACAGAAAUGUUGCCCACUGAGAUUACCAUAAUGAACUCAAGCAUGGAGCAUUCGGAAAGAACUUCAGAAGAUUCAAGCAAAUGUGCCCCUUUUUCAAAUUACAGGGCAGGUUCUGAUAUAACCUCCAACAAGUACAACUCAAACCAGCUUUUCCAGCAGAAUUUGAACACUUCAAAUGUUGCCAGUGCCCCAAUGGAUCUUCCAGAUCCAGCUCCACUUUUCAGCUCUAUGAAUAACAAUAACAGGUCAAACUAUAAUUCCACAAAAUUUGUUCCCAUGCUUCUCACUGAUUCCAGCUGUUCGAUACCCUCCUCUCCUGAGAUCAAAACUGAAAAAGGUGAAGUGCAGAGCAAAUUUAGAUUGGCAGAGUUAAUGAAGCAGCAGGAUAAUGAUCUUAAUCAGCAGCCAAUUUUCAGCUUCAGCUUCGAUGGAUUCCAAAGCCCAUUCCCACAAUUAGAUCAAAUGCAACCCACUCCUAGUAGUGACCCUUUCCAAGAUUACAUAGCCAGCCUAAGUGCUCCAGGAUACACACACAGACCUUAUUAGAUGGAGUGAGUUUAGGCUUAAGCAAGGGGUCAUAUAACAUAUAUCAACAUAGAAUCAGUCUGUACAGUCAUUGGGACAUUUGUUGUAGUGUAGCCAAAUUCAUUCUUUCACUCCUUAAAUGAGAGUGUUUGUAAUGCUCUGCUGAUUUUUUCAAUGGGAAAUUCCAAAUUUGCUCUUC